UCAUGUAAUGUGUUUAUCCUGCAGUGUCGGUACUCCAUCCAGCAGGUGGCGCUGUUAAUGUUAUCUAUUUUAAACAGCACCGAAGCAGUGACAGCAGUCUUGGCCCCACUUAUUUAACGUUAGUUACUAUUUUUUCUGACAUUAAGGGCUGUCCUUUCCUGCUGCUGAACCCGUUUAAAGCUCACCUUUGACUGUUCAUUCUCCAAUAAACUAGUUUUCGGAGUAACGGCCUUUAAAUAAACAUUUUUCCCGCGAUGCGACAGAGGAAGGGCUCCUAUGAGCAGCAGAGAGUAUUGACUUCAUAAACUGCAACAGAGACUGACUGAAGGAUGAAUCCAUUUAACUGGGAAGCUCUUCAAAGACUGCAGAGAAAUCUGGACCUAAAUCACCAGACUGUUGUUAACAGCAGCAUGCACAAUGCCCCAGGAACUGAUGAUAGCUGGGACACUUACUGCCAGCACUCAACAUACACUGUUGAUGAACCACAAAGCAGCAUGGGGGUGCAUUUAUCAGAGGAGCUCUGUCAUCCCUCGCAAAACUUUUACAUUAAAGAGCCAGAAGUGGAGGACCCAGACGGAGAGCCGUUUGAAAUGGACGAGGAGGAUCCAGAGCUGAAAAGAAAGUGGAUAGAGCUUAGAGAGAUAGAGGAGAAGAUACUGCGAAAGAAAGUUGCUAUUGCUCUGAAAAAGGUUGAACCGUUUGGGAAGGAGGCGACACCUCUGGGCUUGUCCUGUAAUGAACAGUCGGCUACAUGCACAAGUGCAAGUCUUAAAGACAGGGUGAAUUUAAUUUUGCAGCAACGGCAUUCUGUCAGCUUUCUGUCAGUGGUCCGCUCUUCCAAAGACAGAAUGAACUCUUCCAGCCGGAGCAAGGACGUUUUGCUGCAGGAAGACCAUCCCCUGAAGCUCAGAGUGAAUGCACUGAGGAAGCAGAGAUGUAGUAAUCUCUGUGUUUUACCAACAAACAGAGAGGUCCCUGAUAUCUCACCGCCUCUCGCCAGCCGAAGUGUUACUUCACCCGCCAAGGAGGAGAGUAGCGCCAACCAGGGUUUCCAGCGCUUCCUCAGCGUGCUCAACAAAGGAGUGGACAUGGACUUGCUCAGUAGGAUCGUCAACGAUGACAGUGAGGAUCUCCCUUUAGGUAAGGAGCUCCUGGACGUUCAGCCCCCUGCCAUGGAGAACAAGCCAGAUCUGCCCUUCAGGAGCGAGAGCCAGCGAUCCAACAGCGGAGCCUCGCUGCUGGGCCGGAGUCGGACUAACAGUGGAGAGAGGAGGGCCGACCCGUCCAAGAGAGAUCGUCAUGAGAGAUCCCUCAGUGAUCACUUACCUGAUAUGAUAUGAUGAGAAGAAGAAUGACGGAGCAGGCCUCUGUUUUGGAUCUAGUAGUCGAUCCAAGUCUCCCCCGGCAGUGAAGAAGAAGAAGGAGGAAGAAGAAGAAGAAGAAGAAGAAGAAGAAGAAGAAGAAAAACCAAAGGUGGAUGAACAAAGUGUACAGCUCCAGAACAUUCUUAAAACUCUGGGGUUCAGUCUGGAAGUGGAAGAGAUGAGCAAAUUAGCAGACCGGACUCAGGAGAGGCUGUAUGGGAAGAAGCAUGAGGGCAAAAGGGCGGACAGCAGAGGGGAGAAGGAGAGUCUGCAGAGAGGCUCCCACAGACAGUACAGGAAAUCCUCUUCCUCCUACUCGAGGUCGACCUCUAGAAGCGCUAGUACCGGCCCCUCCCACAGCAGAGACUCGAAGGGAGCGCCUGAACACAGUAGCUCGAGAGACAGGAGCGGAGAUGGACUGACAUGCCAAGAAAGAGAAGAAGCAGAGAGGCACAGAGACGGAAUAAACUCAGAAGAAACUGCCACUUAUCAACAUCCACAAAACCAAUCAUAUCCCCACCCUGCUGCUCUUUCUGCACAUCCAGAUUACAGUUUGUCCCAGUACUCCCAGGACAGUGCCCACCACAGUGGCACCUACACUGCUGCUACAAAUUCUCACUGGACAAAUACUCAGGGUGCCUUUCCUCCCUACCUUUAUCCCAGCAGGCAUGCUUAUCCACCGAACGCCUACCAUCACUUUCCUGGCUCUGCAGUGGCACCUAACAUGGUUUACCCUCAUCCCAAUAAUCUUCAAGACAUUAACCUAUUAGUGAAUCCAGAUCUGUCUACAAGCGAAGGCCAGAUUGGCUCGUUUUCUGGGCCUCGCUGCCUGCAGGUCAUCGCCACGAAGCAGCCAACCACUCAGAGCUGCAGGCAGAGGUAUCGUUUACGUGGAAAAAACCUUGACUUAUUAGUGAAUCAGGUCAGAGAAGCUGUCUCCAAAGCUGUCGCUGGAGCCGAGGAACCAGUGGAGCCAGUGGAGUCAGGCGAGGAAAAACAGCCGCCAACAGAGGAGGAAAUAAAGGCGAACCUGCGUAAAAAGCUCGAAGCGUUUAACCAGAAGGCAAAGCAAAAACGGACCCACCCAGCCGACUCUGUAACCUCUCAGACUGAUUAAAAUUUGUGGAGGGCCAUGAGUGUUUUUAAUUUGAAGCUGCUGCGAGCCCAUGUGGACAUCGUGUUCAACAUUCAUCAUUUACAUACACACAGUUCAGAGUGUAACAGGACCAUUUAGUAUUUUAGUCACAUUUCCAGAUUUGUACUGAAUUACUUCUCAAACUCUAACAAGUAAAUCUUUUUCCAAAGAAUAUUGUCGUACAAUGAAUUGCCAGUUUCCGUUAAAACCGGUUUUACUCAUUUCUGUGAAUAUCACUAACUUUGUAACUGUUUCUAUUCUGCCUUUUUUCUCUUGAUACUGUAUAAAUUUGAUUAAGCAAAAUGUGUUUCGUAGGCUCUGUCUUAAUUUGUUGAUGAAUAUAUAUAUAUAUAUAUAUAUGUUAAGGCUGUAAUAUUGGUCAGGUCCUGGUAUUUUGCAUUCACACAGUCCUUCCCAUACUAAAUAAUGAAGCCUUUGAUAAAAUACAAAUGUGUAUGCUGUUGACACAAACACUAAUGAAUUAAUCCGCUUGGUGAGGUUUGAGGCAUAAUUUGUUUUAUACGUCAGUCUGCUACUACUGCAUAUGUUGAGCUACAUUAGCUGCUACUAGGUGUCAUGUUUUAUCAAAGAAGUCCUCCGGCUCAAUAUCCUACUAAUUGACUGAAAAUUAUUUUUACCAUUUUAACAUCAUUUUUUUUUAACUGGAUUUGAAAUGUCCAUCUUCCUUUGUGCUUUUGCAAUCUCAAUUUACCAAUCUCUUACAAUGUUAAUGAAUAUAGGACUCUGUUAUUUUGGCUGUAUUAGGGCAGUAGCUCAGGUUUCCACACACUUUUAGUUUUAUUAUUUAGAUGCCUUGAAUUCAAUAGCUGCUUAUUAAAUAAUUAACUAAACUAAAAAAUAAAUGUAUCAGAAGUUUGUCUCACAUUUUUAAACCAA